AUGCCGCUUAGGCUAGCGUCGAUCGAGGAGGAGGGAUUGGCAGCGGAGGAGGUGGUGGUCGUUUCCCCGGCUUUCCUGCAUUUCUGCCCAGUCUGCAACAUCCAAUUGAAUUCCUGCGCUCAGGGACUCGUUCACGUCCGCGGGAAGAAGCAUCAGCGCCGGUUUCGCAACUUCCAUCUUCGGCUCUCGGACACCCCUGCAGGGCACGGAUACCCGCUGCUGCAUUAUUCGGGGAGCCUGGCCUCGGGGAUCCACUGCAGCCUCCUGCCGAACACCCAGCCUCAUCCUCAGAGCAUCAGGUCAGACGCCUUUCCCCUCCGACGCUUUAUUCUCGGCGAGCUUCCUCGGAGGGAGGAUCCCGGCAAGAUCGCGACUCCGCGUCGGUCGAGUCCGACGAGCCCAUCCGGGGGUCGGAAUUUCGGAGCGGCACGGAAGGGGGCGUGGGGUGAUUCCGCCGUUCCUCCGGCGGUUCCACGCCCUCUGGCGGAUCCGUCUCCGGGCGUUCUCUUCUUUUCUCUCUUCGUGUUCUCCGAUGUUUGGAGAGCGGAAGAGAGAAAAGCCGCCGUCUGUGACGUUGCAUUCGAAGGAGCUCGCUACAAAUUCGGAUUUCCUGAGUUUUUUUUUUCUCUCUAUCGUUUUCGUGAUGGAAUCGCUUGGUCUCCCGGCAGCACCUCUGGCUACACCAGCCCUGAAGAUUCUAGUCAAGAGAAGGCGACGGAUUCCGGGUCGGUGGCAAGCACCGUGAGCUACGCAUCCGAGGCGGAAUCGUGGCGGACGCCCAGGAUCCCUCACGACCCGGUCCACCCCCGACGGCCCCCGACCGGGUCGCUCGGGGUCCACCCCCGUGGACCCCAGAACGGUCCCGAGCCCCAGCCGAUCUACGCGGACCCGCGCGACGUCGCGUGUCUCUACGGGAGGCCGACGCCCCGCGGCGCUUACCCCCAUUAUUCGCCCCACACAUAUCAGGCCGUUUACCCGACUUCCUCCUACGGCCUCGUCCCGGACCUAUAUUCUUCCCCCGUGACCGCGCAGUGCAUCGAAGACCCGCAUGACCCUGGGGAAGCGUACUCGCGCAACUCCGGGGAAGCGUAUCCGCGUGACACCGAGGAAGCAUACCACCAGAACGGCGAGACGGUGCCGACGAAGGUGACCUCACGCCCGGAGGAUUCCGCCUCGACUAACGGACACAAGAGACCGAGGGUUCACUUGACAGGAAUGAAGCAUCUUAAGAGUGUCAAUGCUCAAGAGGCCAAUAAGGAAAUCGAGACCUUGAAGGACAAGGAGUAUCGAGUCGACGACGAAGAUAAGAAUAUCUUCACUUGCCUCAUCUGUGAUAUUGUGCUCAAUUCCGUGCAACAGCUCCAUUCUCACCUCGGCGGUGGGAGGCACCUCCUGCGGAAGGCUCACGGGUCCCGCUCGAGCGGGAGUCAGGCGCAGUGGACGAGGGGAGGGCGAGAGGAGGAGACGAGACAAGAUAGCAACGAAGGGGGGAGGUUGCCACAUGGGAUCCUGCAAGUUCCUGUCAAUAGUCAGUACAAAUACGUCUGUCGUUUCUGUUCCUCCUACCUCAACUCUCAUCUCCAGAUCCUUCAACAUGUCGGAUCAUCGAAGCACAAGUGGCUAUCGUGUCAGAGAGAGGUGGAGAACGGCAUGCGACCUGGGAAAAGAAUCGACUGGCGGGCCAGGAAAACAGAAAUGAAGCAUAUUAAAGCCAUGGCUAUGGCACACCAGAUGUGAACUGCUCCAGGAAGAUUACGUGUUGCUGACGUCUGUGACAUCACAAACAGGAUUUUUUGUUAUGUUACGCUUUCGUUUUCAUGCUGAAUCGGUAAAGAAUAAAUCAGAGGC